AAAAUGAAACAGACAAAAAAGGACCAGCAAGCAAUUAAUAAGUCUUGCAUCAACCAUCUUCAUCUCGAAUUCCAAUUCAAAACCAAAAUUCAAUUGAAACCCAUUUCUUAGCAUCUGGUCUUUACAGUAAAAUCCAGUUAUUCCUGUUCAAUUAUGCAAAAAUCAGGAGGUGGAGGUGGAGGUGUAAUGGCAUGGAACGUGUUCAAAUUUUGCACAGCUUUACGUGCGUUGGGAUCUAUAAUGAUGGUAUUGGUCAUCGGAAUAAUUGGGGUCACUUAUUUUGUUGUCGUUAUAGAUGAUUAUGGCCCAGCUCUCUUUCACGGCGGCCUUGAUUCUUUUACUUCCUUCGUCGUCUUGCUCUUAUUCCAUUUUUUGUUGGUGAUGCUAUUAUGGAGCUACUUUGCUACUGUUAUUACGGAUCCAGGUGGCGUCCCACCCAAUUGGAGGCCAUCAGUAGAUGUGGAGAGAGGUGAGGCAGAUCCACUGGUGGGAUUAGAACAUGGUGAAGCAAAUUUAGGUUUAAACCCUUUUUCUGUGCUUGGUAGGCCGGAUAACCAAACAAUGCGUUUUUGUCGAAAGUGCGACCAAUUUAAACCACCUCGAAGCCAUCACUGUUCUGUUUGUGGGAGAUGUAUAUUAAAAAUGGACCAUCAUUGUGUUUGGGUCGUCAAUUGCGUUGGGGCAUUAAACUACAAGUAUUUCCUUCUUUUCUUGUUUUACACAUUUCUUGAGACAACUCUUGUCACUGUAUCGUUAUUACGACUGUUUGUAGCAUUUUUCACCGACAGUGAAGCGGAAGUUACAGAAACAGCAGGAACUCUAGUUGCCACUUUUAUCACAUUUGUAUUGAACUUAUCCUUCGCAUUGAGCGUAAUCGGCUUCCUCAUUAUGCACAUGUCACUAGUACUAUCCAAUACUAGCACCAUUGAGGCAUACGAGAAGAAAACUGAUCCUAAAUGGCGGUACGAUCUUGGUCGAAAGAAAAACUUUCAACAGGUAUUCGGGAUGGACAAGAGAUACUGGUUCGUCCCUGCUUAUUCAGAAGAUGAUUUGAAACGCAUGUCAGUCCUCCAGGGUUUUGAAUAUCCAACAAGACCUGAUCUGGAUGAGCUUCAGCAGCGCUAAUUGUAUGCGGCGCCUGACACAGACUGUAUCAGAGUAUCAUUCUGUUUCGUUACCCUUCUUACCAAUUAUUCAUGGGCAGUCCACACAUUUCUGUAGAUAUAUAUUAUAUAUAUAUAUAUAUAUGAAAUUUUGCUUUGUGUUCAAAAACUUCACUUACAUUUCAAAUACCCAAAUCAAUGCUGUCUACAUAAUUUUGAACUAAUCCUAGUUGAUCAUUCUUAAGAAUUUUAAAUAUUUCCAUUAAAUUCA